GAUUGACGCUUGUUGAGACUAUAAGCCUCAUGUCGCUCUUUGGGUCCUCUAUCAACCCUGCGCCCAUUGCCAACGGAGGCUUCACCUCAAGACCCUCAGCAACCUCCGGGUCUGGGGCUCCUGUUACCGACGGGUUUGGCUUUGCAUCUGCUAGCUCUGUCCGCUUCGAUCCCGCUUUCUCUGCCUCCAACGUUGUGCGCAGUGCUGUGUGGGCUGAGAAUGCGUCGGAGCCUUUUGGCCGCGUCGAGAGCACAGCACGGUGCUUCGCACGCAACGGCAAGGUGGCAACCACGUCCAAGUGGACGCCGCCCAAGCCACCAAGCCGCCCACUGUUUCAGAUCCCGCCCGGGUUCCACUCCAGUUCAAAUGAUGCGACGUCGCUGUUUGGUCCGAGUGACCCACGAAACGAAGCGACAGUGAAUAACGGAGGGUUUUUGUUUGGAUGUGCCGUCCCCACUACCAAGUCUGGCAUGGCGUUUGGCACUGUAAGCGCUGUUAGCACUGGUUUUGGCGGAGCUGUGGGUCAGAGCAAGGCAACACCCAUGUUUGGCAACACAGCCAACGUCUCGGGGUCCACUGUGGGUCCAGAUUUCGGAACUAAACCCGUGUUUGGAAACGCAAGCAGCCCCUUGGAAGCCAGUAGCGAGGAUUCUGGCAUUGGGGGAGCUCGAACGGUGUUUGGUUUGGGUAGCAGUACCGCGAAGCCGCCCCUAGCACCACCAUCGAACACGUUCGCGGUGUCGACGAAGCAGGUCGGGAUCUCUUACAGCAAUUCGUUCGCACCAAAAAGUGCCUCGACAUCCAAUCCGUUCACAUUUACAUCCCAACGUUGGACGGGAAAUCCUCUUGCAACGAAGGUAUCUGCAAACGAAUCGGUGAAUCCCUUUGUCACCAAUAUGUUUGUAAACACGACGGUGAAUCCCUUUGCAACGAAUGGGGCCGCGAACGAGUCGGUGAACCCCUUUGCUGUGAGAGGGUCCUCUAACGUGAGAGUAGAACCCGUUCCAGACGCGUCCAUGAAGCCGUCUUCAGUGUCUGGUCCAGCAGCAUCAACCAAGUUUAAACGCGGGCUACGUCCAGUUUUCAACGCGGUCCAACAACAACAGCCGCCCUUGGUUCAGUCUGUGUCAGUCGCUAGCUUCGACUGGACUGGAUGGAGGAAGGAAAAUGAGGCUAUUCAGACGAACGUCGAGACUUCAUUCAAGAUGCCGAGCUUUGUUCCCAGCGAAGCGAAAAGCAGCUCUUUGGAUGAUUCUUCCUCCCCAUCCGAUAAGUCCUCUGCACCUGACGCCUUGAUUGCGUCCCCCGAUACAGAUCCGUACGGUUCAGGGUCCUUCGGUGCAGGGCUUGUUGAGCAGAAGAUCAAGACAGCGAUCGCUAAUCCUCCAUCGUCUGUCGAACUCAAGGUAUUUGAUACAUUGAGCUGCUCGAAGCCUCAUCAGCAACCGUCGGCAAAGUUCGCCGCUCGACUCGGCUUGGCUAGGCAACCUCUGCAAUCGCUACCUAUGCGGUCGGUGCAGCCACGAUUUCUGGGUCGCAGGGUGCAUCCGUCCAGUACUGGAGAAAAACUACAGCACGCUGAUGUCUUCCGUUUUUCUAGUUCGUUCUCCCGCCUCGCCAUUUCAAAGAACCCUCUGCGGAUUCGUGUUAAGCCGAGUCCAAUGCUGAUGACUAAUGCGACGGCGGAAAACACCACAAAAUCGGAGUCAGAUGACGAUGUUUCGAAUGCUCCAACUGAGGUUACCAAGCCAUCCGCUGGCCCUGACGACGAAGACAUAUGCAAAUCCCCGUCGUCUGCUUGUCCCGUGCUCCUCAAUAAGGAGUACUUCACCGAGCCGUCGGUAAGUGAGCUCCAGCAACUCACCGAUAAAGAGUUAUGCUGUGUGGGAAACUUCGUGAUCGGCCGCAGGGACUGUGGAAAAAUCACCUUUAUCGAUGCUGUGGACGUUCGUGGACUCCAGCUCGAUGAACUCGUGGCGUUUUCCAUGGGAGAAAUUGUAGUUUACCCAGAUGACAAUGUCAAGCCAGCUAUUGGCAGCGAACUCAACAAGCCAGCGAUCGUGGAACUUCAUGGCAUCUACGCUGGGGAAAAAGAGUCACAUGAGCACUUCUUGAAACGUCUUGAAAAGCACACACAGAAGAUGGGUGCUACCUUCCUUGGAUACGACAAUGGGGGCGUGUGGAGUUUCCGCGUGGAGCACUUCUAGUGUAGAUGAGAACAAAGGCAUGCAUGGUUAGUUAGUAGCAGUAGCUUAGUUAGGUUUGAAGUGCUAAGCAACACCAAAUAGCACGAAAGGUAUCCACCAAGAAAAGUAAUAGCGUUUGGCGUGUUCGUUUCGUGU